CUGGCCCCACCUGUCAUAGACUCAUCCGCUUCUCUCUGCUCGUUAGUUGCCUUCGUCCUCCUGCCGCCUCGGGUGUUCUUCCUUCCUCCAUCGCCAUGGCGGCGGCGGCGGCUUCCCACCGCGUGUUCGUCUACGGGACGCUAAUGGCGGAGGAGGUGGUGCGCGUCCUCAUCGGCCGCUCGCCGUCCUCCUCCCCGGCCGUCCUCCCAAACCACCAGAGGUUCAGCAUCAAGGGGCGCGUUUACCCGGCGAUUCUUCCCGUCGACGGCAAGGAGGUCUCAGGGAAGGUUUUCAAGGGCAUCACUGACAGGGAGCUCAAUGUGCUGGAUAUAUUUGAAGAUGAGGAGUAUGUCAAGAGAACCGUUGAGAUAUCACUAACUGACACAUCGGAGAAAUUGCUUGCUUAUGCAUACAUUUGGGGCAAUCAGGAUGAUCCUGACCUCUAUGGUGAAUGGGACUUUGAGGAAUGGAAAAGGGUGCACUUGGAGGAUUAUGUCAAGAUGACACAAGAGUUCAUGGAGGAACUGGAACAGCUCGAACCAAAGACCGAGACCUGAAGCUCAACACUCAUUCGUCCAGAAGGAUUCACUCAACAAUGAAUUAAAAUCAGAAGAUAUGAAGCCUACAUACCAGGGGAGGGAAUAUCUUCUCUGCGGCACGGCGAGGCACAGAGAAUCCUCCAUGUGUACUUGUAUCACUUGCGGUGAGUGUCUUACAGAAGAAUUCCAUUUGUGGCCUUGCUUGUUUUAGUGCAAGCUCUGAUAUUUGCAACGCCUCUUUUCCAUACUGAUAAAAGCAAUUGAUGAGUGCAUUUGAACAGA